UAGCUUUGACAGGCUCAACCUCUUCUCGACCCCGAAGCGGAAUGGGAAGGACGGAUAUCGUCACCGCGGCUUCUGAUUGGCUGGCCGCUUGGCCGGGGCACUUGGUUCUCUUUUUCUCGCGCCACUUUUCAGGCGCUUUGGCGCGAGAGAGCUGCAAUGGAGGGCAGUGAGAGCGCGCGCAACGGGGCCGGUUGCCAUGGAGAAGCAGCUGAUUCUGCAAAUCUUGUAGCUUCACGUUCACGGCGUGAGAAGAAAUGUAAACAAGGGAGACAGGAUGCAUUGGAACGCUUGAAAAAGGCAAAGGCUGGGGAGAAAAUAAAAUAUGAGGUUGAGGAAUUCACAAGUGUUUAUGAUGAAAUUGAUGAAGAACAGUAUUCCAAGAUUGUUCAAGAACGCCAGGAGGAUGACUGGAUUGUGGAUGAUGAUGGUGUUGGUUAUGUUGAAGAUGGCAGGGAGAUUUUUGAUGAAGACUUAGAAGAUGAUGCUCUUGACUCCAACAAGAAAAGAAAAAGAGACACAGCUUCCACAAAUGAAAAGAAAAAUGUGAAGAAGUCUCUAGUAUCAAAACCAAAUACUAUUAAAUCUAUGUUUAUGGCCAAUACUGGGAAGAAAAAAGCUGAUAAAACAGUUGAUCUGUCUAAGGAUGAUUUGCUAGGAGAUAUUCUCCAAGAUCUGAAUGCAGAGUCUGUUCAUAUGGCACCACCACCCGUUCCAGUGCUAAAAAAGAAGAGGCUCUUUGGAACGCCAUUGAAUCCUUUCUCUUUGCAGUCUCAAGGUGCAACCUGUAAGAAAAUUUCUUCUGCGGUUCAGCAGGCUGUCACUCCUGAGAAGAGAGAAAUUUCUGCAGUGUACCCAUCUCAUUCUAAGCAUUCCGAUUACCCAGCUGCAUCAGAGGCAGUCAAAGAAGAGAGCACUGCCCCGGAAAAAGAAGUGGAUCAUUUGAAAAAUGGAGGUCUGCUGAAAAUUAAGCAAGAGAAUGUUACUGAAGAAGAUGAACAAGCAAUGAUGGAUUUUGAUGAUGGGGACUUUGAUGAACCUUUGGAGGAAGUCAGAACUGUGGCAGAAAAUGUGACAUCUGUGAAGGAAGAGGUGAAAUUGGAAAACAAGCAGAUGGAGCAAAAGGACUCUGAGAAAACAGGUUCACAUUUCUUAAACUCCUCCCUCCCUGAAAUUUCCUGUUGGGACAGAAUUGAUGAAGAUGAAAAUGGUCAUCUAACUUCGGAAAUUCAAGUAGACUCCAGUCAGCUCCCAUUAACAACUGGGGAAGAUGGACAGCAAGUCUUCAGGUUCUAUUGGGUGGAUGCUUAUGAAGACCAGUAUACCCAGCCAGGAGUGGUAUAUCUCUUCGGUAAAGUGUGGAUUGAGUCAGCAAAGUCCUAUGUGAGCUGUUGUGUGACAGUAAAAAAUAUUGAGAGAACUGUUUACCUACUGCCACGUGAAUCGCGAAUUAAUAUAUCUUCUGGCAAAGAGACAAAGGAUACUGUGACUAUGAUGGACGUCUAUCAAGAAUUUAAUGACCACAUUGCAGAAAAAUACAAAAUAAUGAAGUACAAGUCCAAGAAAGUGGAAAAGAAGUAUGCUUUUGAGAUACCAGAUGUUCCUGCAAAUUCUGAUUACUUAGAAGUUAGAUACUCGGCUGAAUUUCCUCGGCUUCCUCAAGACUUGAAAGGGGAAACAUUUUCCCAUGUAUUUGGAACAAACACUUCCAGUCUCGAACUGUUAUUAAUGAACAGGAAGAUUAAAGGACCAGGCUGGCUGGAAAUAAAAAACCCACAACUCUUGACUCAGCCUGUCAGUUGGUGUAAAGUAGAAUUAGUUGCACUGAAGCCUGAUUUUGUGACUGUGGUCAAAGACCUUUCCCUGCCUCCCCUUGUGGUCAUGUCUCUGAGCAUGAAGACCGUCCAGAACACAAAGACUCAUCAGAAUGAGAUAAUGGCGAUUACAGCUUUAGUACAUCACAAAUUUUGUCUUGACAAAGCACCACCUGUGCCUCCCUUUCAGACCCAUUUCAGUGUUAUUUCCAAACCAAAUGAUUGCAUUUUCCCAUAUAACUUCAAGGAAACAGCUAGGAAUAAGAAUGCCAAAAUAGAGAUUGCCACAACAGAAAGGACGCUGCUGGGUUUUUUCUUGGCAAAGGUUCAUAAAAUUGAUCCAGAUGUUAUUGUGGGACACAAUAUUUAUGGCUUUGAUUUGGAACUACUUCUCCAAAGAAUAAAUUUCUGCAAAGUCCCACAUUGGUCUAAGAUUGGUCGACUGAGGAGAUCAAAUAUGCCAAAACUCGGGGGUCGGAGUGGAUUUGCUGAAAAGAAUGCAACUUGUGGUAGAAUGAUCUGUGAUGUAGAAAUUUCAGCUAAGGAACUGAUUCGUUGCAAAAGUUACCAUUUGACUGAACUUGUCAAACAGAUUCUGAAAGUGGAAAGAGUAACAAUCCCACCUGAAGAGAUACGAAAUAUGUACAGUGACUCCCGUCAGUUACUUUACAUGGUGGAAAAUACCUGGAUUGAUGCCCAUUACAUCUUACAAAUAAUGUGUGAGCUGAAUGUUCUUCCACUAGCACUACAGAUUACAAAUAUUGCUGGCAAUGUUAUGUCAAGGACAUUGAUGGGUGGGAGAGCCGAACGUAAUGAGUACUUACUCCUUCAUGCAUUUUAUGACAAGGAGUUUAUUGUGCCUGAUAAACAACUGUUUAAAAAGACUCAGCAGAAGCAGCUGGAAGAAGAUGAAGAUUUUGAAGGAGAUCAGAAUAAAUCCAAGAUAGGGCGAAAAAAGGCAGCAUAUUCUGGAGGUUUAGUUUUGGACCCCAAAGUUGGUUUUUAUGACAAGUUUAUUUUGCUUUUAGACUUCAAUAGCUUGUACCCUUCAAUUAUUCAGGAGUUCAAUAUCUGCUUCACAACAGUUGACAGAGUGUCUCCCAGUCAGGAAAAAAAGACAGAGGAUGGUGGAGGAGAAGAAGAAAUUCCUGAAUUACCAGAUUCAACUCUAGACAUGGGAAUUUUGCCAAAAGAGAUCAGAAAGCUAGUUGAGCGAAGGCGUCAGGUGAAGCAGCUGAUGAAACAACCAGAUUUAAAUUCUGACCUCUACUUACAGUAUGAUAUUAGGCAGAAGGCAUUGAAGCUUACAGCUAAUAGCAUGUAUGGAUGCCUAGGGUUUUCCUAUAGCAGAUUCUAUGCAAAGCCCCUUGCUGCUCUGGUGACUUUCAAAGGCAGAGAGAUUUUGAUGCAUACCAAGGAGAUGGUAGAGAAGAUGAAUCUGGAAGUCAUUUAUGGUGAUACAGACUCUAUUAUGAUCAAUACAAACCUUGUUAAUCUGGAAGAAGUCUUUAAACUGGGAAACAAGAUAAAAAGUGAAGUGAACAAGCUGUACAAGUUAUUGGAGAUCGAUAUUGAUGGGAUCUUUAAGUCCCUUUUACUACUAAAAAAGAAGAAAUACGCUGCUCUGGUUGUGGAACCAACAGGAGAUGGAAAAUACAUUACCAAGCAAGAACUUAAAGGACUGGAUAUAGUCCGAAGAGACUGGUGUGAUCUUGCAAAAGAGACUGGAAAUUAUAUAAUUAGCCAAAUACUUUCCGACCAAUCCCGAGAUGUAAUUGUCGAAAAUAUACAGAGGAGGUUAAUACAGAUUGGAGAAAACGUAGUAAAUGGGAGCACUCCAAUAAAACAAUUCGAAAUCAACAAGGCAUUAACAAAGGAUCCUCAAGAUUAUCCAGACAAAAAGAGUCUUCCUCAUGUGCAUGUUGCUCUGUGGAUCAACUCUCAGGAGGGCAGAAAACUGAAAGCUGGAGAUACUGUAUCAUAUGUUAUCUGCCAGGAUGGAUCAAAUCUAAGUGCCAGCCAGAGAGCAUAUGCUCCAGAACAAUUGAAAAAGCAAGAAAAUCUUGCUAUUGAUACUCAGUACUACCUGUCACAACAGGUUCAUCCAGUAGUGGCUCGUAUUUGUGAACCCAUAGAUGGAAUUGAUUCUGUCCUUAUUGCGGCAUGGCUUGGGCUGGAUCCUUCACAGUUCAAAGUAUAUCACCAUUAUCAUAAAGAUGAGGAGAACGAUGAUUUGCUUGGUGGCCCUGUUCAGCUCACUGAUGAAGAGAAAUAUAAAGACUGUGAAAGAUUCAAGUUUGCCUGCCCGAAAUGUGGAACAGAGAACCUUUAUAGCAGUGUCUUUAAUGGUUCGGAUCUGAUGAUUGAAGCCAGCUUGCUCCACUGUACCAAAAAAGAAUGCAAUGAAUCACCUUCAAAUUACUUGAUGCAAAUUAACAACAAACUAAUUUUGGAUAUAAGACGUUAUAUUAAAAAGUAUUACACCAGCUGGCUAAGGUGUGAAGAACAGACAUGCCAAUAUCGCACACGUCGUCUCCCCCUACGUUUUUCCCGGAAUGGUCCUUUAUGUCCUGUCUGUAGGAAGGCAGCUGUUAAACGAGAGUAUUCUGACAAGGCCCUAUUUACCCAGCUGUGCUUCUACCGGUACAUUUUUGAUGUGGACUAUGCAAAGCAAAAGCUUACUAAUCAGGAGAAAGAUCGAUUGAAUUGCCAGGGAUUCUUCGCUGAAAAGAACAAGGAAAUGUACAAAAAGCUGAAGAACACUGUAGACCACUGGUUGACCAUGAGCAGCUACUCUGAAGUGAACCUCGGCAAACUGUUUCAGACAUUUAAUAUAGUAAAAUCUGUGGGAAAUCCCAGUACAUAAAUACUGCAUUUAGAUAAUAGGACAAGAGGGCUUUUUCUGGACUCUUUUCUAGACAAAAAUCUUUUUUUUUUCUGAUUUUCCAUUUAUACUUGAGCACAAGUGCUGUUGUCUGUCACUUAAAAAGACUGAAAUGAAAUCUGACUUUAUUCAGUAGUAAAUAUGAAAAGAAAAGCUAUCUGAAAGUGAGUAGCUAUACUGGGCACCUGUACCACUUAUGUUCAAUAAAUAUCUGUUUGUUGUAUAUCUAGCCCUAGAAGGGAAGAAAGGGGUGGAGAAAUGGCUCCUUUAAUUGAAUAAUUCCCAGUGAGAGUUGCUGGAAUGUAAGUGAUCCUAGACUUUGCUCCGGGGUAUUUAGUAGAGGUGCUCUCAGGAAAAGAGGUUAGUGGAGGUCUCUGUAGGAGCACUAAUGUUUUCCCUUUUUCUGCUUAUCUAGUUUGUGAUCAUACACACAGCCAUUCAAAACAAUGCUAAACCUAAAGGCUUCCUAUUAAUACUUGAUUCAUUUACUUGUGAAACUAUUUUGGGAGAUGGUGUUUUGUUUUUGUUUUUCCCAGGCGGUGUUUGUUCAAAUAAAAUGCAGAGUAACCGCGUGGAAAUUAAUGCUAAAGCACCAAUUGACUUCUGAAGAGGGCAGAAAGGCAGCACUGGUUUGUGGCAGAUUCUCCCUGCCACAUAUAUGUACACUUUGGUUCUUUGGCAACAAAA